CAGUGCUGAGCCACACAUUGACUCCAGCACCUGUGAGACUUCUUCCAGAGAAGAGGCGUUCCACCAUGCUGAGGCCAAAGGACUUGUGCCAGAGCUCUGGCACCAAAACCUUUUUGGAUGCCAUGAAUAGUGGAAAAGUGCACCUGGCCCGCUUUGUGCUGGAUGCAUUGGACUGCCGCAUCAUCGACUCAAAAAACGAAAGCAGCCGGACACCACUUAUGUGUGCCGUGUGCCUGCAGGAGCAUAACACUAGAUCUAAGUUCACUCAGCUGCUCCUGGAAAAAGGUGCCGAUGUGAACAACCGGGAUGAGCAUGGUCGCACUGCUCUCAGUUUGGCCUGUGAGCUCGGCCACCUAGAUGUCAUCAAGCUCCUGGUGCAGUUCAACGCCAACCCUGAGCUCACGGAUGCCUGGGGCAAUAGUGCCCUGACGUAUGCUGCCUAUGGAGGACACAGCCAGGUACUGGAUUUUCUCAUUCGGGCGUUCAAGAGGCUUGGGCUGAGACUGGACCACACAAAUCAUGCAGGCCACACUGUCAUGCAGGUAGCUGAAUAUCUGGGACAUGCUAAUUGCGUUCAGGUGCUCUGUGCUGCAGGGAGGAAAGGGGUAAGCAGCGUCGGGAAAACUCACGAAAUCAAAGGUGGAUCACAGGAAGUGAUUUCCUGGCCUAAUCGACUCCCGAAGCAGAUUUUAGAAAAAUUCUCAAAGCAGGUUCACAGCAAAAAUGAAGAAACACUGCCAUCUUUGUUUCAGAAGCAGAUGUGGAUCAGUGACGAUAAAGACCCAAAGAGACGCUUCAGUCAGCAGCACUCCCCUGAGAGAAACAACUCAACUGCCUGCCAAAGUUCAACCAGGUUUCCAGAGAGGCAUUUCACUGAGAAGGAGCAGCACAUCUUAUUCAGCUCAAAACAGUUCCAAAACUCUAGAGAAACUGGCUUUGUAAGAAAGAACAACUUUGCCUCAGAGCACUUUCAGAAAGUGGACCAGCAUGAGAUGAGGGAAAAUCCACCAGAGUGGGGGAAAGCAAAGUCAUUCAACCUGGACCUACAGUCAGGACGCAAACAGUCGUACCAGGGUGAGGAGCGGGCUGUCACACAGCCUGUCAGCCAAUUAAAACGAGCUUCUCUUCCAGACGAGAGACCACUUAUCCCGAAAUUUUACUGCCAUGGCAACACUUCUACCAAGAAGAGUGAGGUCGAGAAAGCGGCUUUGCAGCAAAUGAAUGGAGUGUCUAGGAUGACUGCAGAACAGAGGAACAGUGACAAGAAAAGCUCAAUAAAGCGUGGGAGCCUUGUAAAGAUUGAAAGACCGAAUAAGUUGCUCUUCUGUCGGGACGAGGUGCCACGGGAAAGGAUCAAAAUCCGUCCACCGGGUUUCGAAGGGCUCGGGAGCAGAUUACUGCGGCGCUUCACAGCUCCUGAGUUCAUGGGCCUGGUUAGAGACUGUCAAUCCAGUGCGAGGCUAAACAAAGGCAAGAUCGCUAGAUCAGAAACAUUUCCCCUUUCACAUACACACAAAUUGGUAAACAGUCAGCCCAGUGUUGAUAGCAUAAGCAGUGUCAGGUGUGAAUUUGAAGGCAGCCCUCCAGUUAGCCGAGCUUAAUUUACAAUUGGGAAUUGGGAUUUGAUGGUGUCGAAUUCCGCACAAUAAUUCUUAAUAAUUUACUCAUUCAAGCCAGAAUUUAAACCACACAUAAAAUGGGAGCAAUAAUGUCAAUUUUGUUAAACAAAUUUCUAAAAUUUCUAUUUUUUUCCCUUCUUACUUUUCUUGCAGCAAACUUGAGCUAAAUAAAUUUUAUUGCAUGGACUUGUAUUUAAACUUUGUAGUAGUCUCUUUGAUCUUAGAGUCGAUUCCCAGUUCCUAGAUGUGGAAUUGAAAAAUCAACAGCACAUGCAGGGAUUUUACUUGUUUCGAGCUGCUUUUUUAAAAAAAACAUUUAUGAACAACAAUAGAUUAAAGAGGAAAAUGAAGAAGUGUCUUGCUUUUGUUUUUGAUUAUUUCUUUUUUGAUAAAUGCAGUUUGUUCAAUAUCAGUUUUAUUUAUUUAAGAACUGUUAGAGUCCUGAUGAAACUUCUCUAAAAGACACAGCACUGUAAAUAAACACACAAUGUUUCAAAUGACUAGAUAAAGCAAGUAAAUGUGCUACAUAAUAUGUAAAUGCACUGUCUUUGAUAAUGUACAUGUAUGUGAACUUCAGCAGCCAGGCAGGGGUUACAGGUUUUUUUGUAAAAUUGUCUUUUUCUCCUCAUAAUCAGUAUGUUUAAAAUGUUCAUCUAUAUAUUCUUUAAUGUACAUCCUCAAGUUUGUAGAAAAAAAUGCGAAAUCUAUUCAUACUCAUGUCUCAGACAUUACAGGUUUGUGUAUAAAGUGUAUUUAUGUCAUUAAAGUAUAGUAUAUAUUCCGUUUGUGUACAGAUAAGAAAAAUAGAAAAAUAUUAUAUGUGAAAUUAAAUUCUAAUUUACAUUUAACUGGAAGAAACAUUUGCACCAUAGCUGUGAUCUGUCAUUUUACUAUGCAUAUUGUGAAUGUCAAUCGUUUAUAUAAUUAAAAUAAAGUAAUUAAC